CGUCAUCUCAAUGCCUUGAUUGACCUCCGCCUCAUUCUCCCUCCUGGCUGGCAGGAAGGCUGUCAACAUUACCAGCAACCAUCUACCUGCCCCUACCACGACGAGCCGGUCGACGACUUAGCUACACCUGCCCCCGACAGCGGCUUGCGACAACAACGCAGCGGUCUGCCAGGAGCUUCCCUUCCGCAUCUACAAUGGCAUCCACGUCAUAGCAAGCCUCGCGACAACCUUGUAGACCACACCAUGAGCCUGCCUGGACCGGCCCUCGAAGGCGGACAGCAGUGGCACGUUCUCCCAUCAUGUCGACCACGCACCUCAUUUUCCGCAUCGUCUACAACUCCAUCUACGUCGUCCUCUGCAUCCUCACGGCCGCGCUCCUGCUAGUCGUCCCUGGCGACAUCGCCGUCCAGGCCAUCUUCAUCAGCCAGUCCUGGAUCAACGUCGUCAUCCUCGGCAUCGUCCUCGCCCUCGCGCUCCUCAUCAUUCUUUUCGUCUAUGUCACACGUCUGUUCAUCACCCGCAUGGCCCUCGCCGCCAUCCCUCGGGCCUGGAUACCCAUAGAAAAGGGCGAUGUCUCCAAGAACGUGCGCGAGCUCAUUCUUGACGACCUCAAGCGCAGCGCAUUAAUUGCCUGGACCGCUCGUCCCAAGGUCACCUCAUUGCUAGACCAGCCCGUCGUCGAGAGCGAAUCUCAACAUGAAGGGGCUGAGCUACAGGCUGCGAGCACUGCCGAGAAGUCCUCACUACCAGGACUCAAGUCAUUUCAGGCCUUGCGUGCCAGCAAGAGCAAGAGCAAGACCAUCGACAAACCCCCGGAAAUCACCGUCCAUACAGCUUCGCAGCCUGUCUGGGGCCACAUUGAGCAUAACGGUUGGGGUUCUCCCAACCUGCCGGACCUUCCGAAUCUUCAAUACAGCGCUGUGCUCGCGGAACUACCCAACCUCGUCGAGGCGCAGGCUAUUCGUCUGGCUCGGGCCAGUAUCGACAGCACAGACGACCUACCAUUGUUCGAUGAAGAUACCCUCAAAAGUUUGGCGCUUCAGCACUACAUGUCGAUGCGCACCUAUGUCGGUCAUCUGACGAGCCUUGGUGUCCUUCGUGACUCUCAAAUAACUGUAGAGUUCCUUGAAAUCUACGAAAAGGCACGCUUCUCGGCCCAGCCCAUGUCUGAGGACACUUUCCGACGACUCAUGCAUCUCUUUGCGGAGCUUCUGCGUAACAUGCAGCCAAUGCAGACCUCGAUUUUCCGCGCCUCGUCUGACAUUGACGAUUACGAAGGAGAGGACUACGAGGAUUCGGAGGACGGACACAUUGACGACGAUGCGCCACAAGAUACCACGCCAACAACCCCGGCUCGUAGUGUUGCACGGUCGCGCAGCAUGAGGAGCUAUCAGAGCAGCAUGCAGUCUCGGACUGGCUCGAACCACUUGGCUGUCGGGAGCUACUACUCGGCUCACACAAGCUCUCGCCCGCAGCAGUCUCGGCGGCAGCAGCAACAAUCCUUCCGCACAGCUCCAACAACACCAAGGAGCAGACUCGACCGCGCAUCGUCCAAUCGCUCAAGCAGUACCGCAUCACAGAUCGAGCGUAACUUCGCGCAGACCAAGAAGCCUUACACCGCGAGCCAGUUUUCUAGCAGCAGCAAUGCCAGCCUGCGGUCCGGCGGCAGUGGUUCACAAGGGUCUGUGAUCAGGCUAGCCACUGCAGGCGACGAUAGCGAGCUCCCAUAUGUGCUCACGCCGGUGCAUUCGUAUACGUAUUGAAGACGG